GGGGGCCAUAGCUGCCUACCUCUAUCAUAUCAGCGGCUGCUAUACUCCCGGCGGAAUGCGAAGGCUUCCCCCCCCCUUGAAGACUGCCACCCGGGGCGGUUUCAAGACGGAUCGCGUGGGGUUCUCGUUUUGCAUCCUUCCAGACGAGUUCUUCUCUCGGGAGGACCGGCAAGCAACGUGUCCAUGGACUGGAUUCAUUGAUUCACUUUGUUUUUGUUUUUUUGGGGCAUCCGCGCCUCUCGAAAUCUUUCCUGUCUAUCUCUCGCGACUAGGGAUGCCCAGUGUCUCGGAGAGUGCGAUCCCGGCACAUCCCAAGAGCGGAGGGUGGGCUCGCCUGCUCCGAGAUGUUGGUAUCCAUUCUCUUGCGGCUAUCCCCAGGACCCCUAGAUAGGGAUCGAGGAGCCCCGCUGAGCCACAGACGUAUGACGUAUGCUCCUGCGAAGAUGUGAAGAAAGCCCUGGUCCACCAGGGGCGGAUCGUGUAUCCGUCGCCAGCCGGACGGACCGGAGAGUAAGCGUGGUGACGCAGGCAGGCGAGUCAGGAACGUAUCCCAACUCCGUUCCGCGCCGCUUUCACCGCUGGGCGCUUCUCCAGUUCCAGUAGGCGAGACAUCUCGUCUUCGU